UCAGAUAUCCUCGUCGCGGCAGAUAACUGUCAUGAAUGGAGGAGCUCAAGGAGCUGACUUUACCCCGUUUAUAGUCCCGGCAGCGACACUAGGAGCUAUAGGUUAUGGCUACAUGUGGUACAAGGGUAUGUCAUUCUCUGACAUCAUGUGCGUAACAAAGCGGAGCAUGGAAGAGGCAGUUUCGAACUUGACUAAGCAUUUGGAUACUGUUUCUGAAGCUAUUUCUAAUGCUAAAAAGCACUUGUCCGAGCGGCUUAAGAGGACGGAUGAUAAGAUGGAAUUGCACAAGGAUCUCUUAAAGGGAGUCCAGGAUAAUGUGGGUUUUGCUCUAGAGGAUCUUGCUAACAUUGGAGAUGAUUUUGACGCAAUGCAUAGCAUGUUCGGUGGUAUGGGUGGAAAAUUAGAUAGUAUUGAGUACAAGCAGAAUAUUGCCAAUAUGGGUUUAAUGUAUCUAUGCGACUCUAUGGGCGGAGAAAAUAACAAGAUGCCAGAUAUUCUGAUGCAGGAGAAGCUUCGACUUUCUGGGAAGUCAAACACAUGUAUAGUAAUUACAAACGAAGAAACUUCAACCUCAGAGGGUUUGAAAGAAAGCGAUAAGAUAGAGCUACUUGAAGGCUGAUUCAGAUGGUAUCAAAUAUCAUCAAGCCUUGAUGAUAUAAUAGAUGAUAGUAUAGGAUAUACGGAGACUAGGAGUAACUAUUAUGUACUAGUGUUUAAACUGAGUGUCCUUUGGGGCAAGAAAGAAGAUUGAAUCACAAAAAGAAUGAACAUUUUUCUUUACAGCCAAAAGAAAUGAAGCCUAAUGAUUUAUCCCU